CUCUCACUUUUAACUUUCCUGAUGUAGCAACGGUUUGACUCAGUUGUUAGAAGAUAGUGCACUGUUUGUCUGUUUGUUUGUUUGUUUGUUUGUUUGUUUUUGGAAGCGAAAGCGAAGUUUGGACAUGAAAGUGCUCAGCGAGUAGAAAAAGCACUAGAAUCCGUUCUCGCAGCGUGCGUCAUCAUGAAGCCGUUACUGCGCUUCAGCGUCCCUCUGUGGACUCUUCUGGUCUUCAGCGCCAGCACCCGAGCACAAUGUAUCUCAAAUUGUUCAACAGGAACAUUUAAUAUUAUAUCCACAACAACGACAAAUGUCACCUUUGAACUUAAACCAAACUGCAGCUUAACAGUUGGGAAUAUUGCCUCUGGAAAUGGUUUAAUAACUGGUCUGACUCCUGGAGCUGUCUAUCAAAUUGUCUUAAACUGUUCACACUGCUGCAAUGUGUCACAAAUCACAACAAAGCCAGAAACUGUCAGUUUAACAGUCACUAAUAUCACGACAUCCUCUAUGUUUGUGAACUGGACUGAACCAGUGGGAAUGAGCUCCUUCUAUAAAGUACAGUGGACAGGUGGAGGAAGGAACUUCUCUGUAAAUGUCAGUGCGACGUUUUAUAGCAUUACUAACCUGACUGCUGGUGUCCAGUAUGAAAUAACUGUCACUGCAGUGGCUGGUGAUGGUUAUACUGAAGGACAGAGUGCUACUGUCACCAAGUACACAAAACCUGCUGUGGUCAAGGAGCUUACUUUGACCAAUGUCACAACAACAUCUGUGACUAUAAAUUGGACUAAACCAGAUGGGAGUGUUGACUGGUACAUAAUCCGGUGGAACGGGGGACAACCAGUCCCCAGCCGCACAAAUGAAACUUUCUUUACUAUUCAAGGCUUAACCCCUGGCACCCAGUACAACAUUACAGUGGCUGCUGCUGUAAACCAGGCAAUUGAGGGCGAUAACAGCUCUACAUCUACCUUCAUAAAACCUGCUGUGGUCAAGAACCUUAUUUUCACUGGUUUCACAACAACAUCUGUGUCUGUAAAUUGGACUAAACCAGAUGGGGGUGUUGACUGGUACAUAAUCCAGUGGAAUGGGACACAACAGGUCUCCAGCCGCACAAAUGAAACUUCCUUUACUAUUCCAGGCUUAACCCCUGGCACCCCGUACAUCAUUACAGUGGCUGCUGCUGCUGUACAGCAGUCAAAUGAGGGAGAUAACAGCUAUAUAUCUACCUUCACAAAACCUGCUGUGGUCAAGAACCUUAUUUUCACUGGUUUCACAACAACAUCUGUGUCUGUAAAUUGGACUAAACCAGAUGGGGGUGUUGACUGGUACAUAAUCCAGUGGAAUGGGACACAACAGGUCUCCAGCCGCACAAAUGAAACUUCCUUUACUAUUCCAGGCUUAACCCCUGGCACCCAAUACAUCAUUUCAGUGGCUGCUGCUGCUGUAAACCAGUCAAAUGAGGGAGAUAACAGCUAUAUAUCUACCUUCACAAGGCCUGAAAAGCCUGGGACCAUUAGUGUUACACAAGGAACCAACACCUUAAGCAUCAGCUGGAUUUUGCCUCGAGGAAACAUUAGUUAUUAUCAGGUCAAUAUAUCCAAUGAAAACUUAGUGUUUACAAACUCCAGUCAAACAGUGGCCACAACAACCAAUUUUACUUAUUUAAAACCCGGGAGGUUCUAUAAUAUCACAGUGACUGCUUUUGCUGGAAACUUCUGGAAUACAUCUGACCAGGUGUCAUUUGCCACUGUUCCCAAACCUCCUGGCUCCAUCAUCUUGAGUAGACAGAGCAACUCCUCACUCCAGCUGCAGUGGGCAACACCUGAUGAGAUGAGCAGAGCUCCAGACAUCAUAUACAGUAUCACCUAUCAGGCUGUGGGUGGUCCCAGUCAAAACACAACUUCCACACAAAAUAACACUUUGCUUUCACUCCUUGACUCUGGAACCAACUACACUGUAACAGUAAAAACUAUUGGACCUGGAAAUUUAAGCAGCACGGUUGUUCAGAAUUCUUCUUUUACCUUGCCAAACCCUGUGAGGAAUCUAAUAGUCAGCCCUGAAUCUACUACUUCACUAAACGUGAACUGGUUAAACCCACUGGGGGUCAAAUCAUAUUACAGAUACUUAGUUGACACUUACAAUGACACAGGAGGACUUAUUUACUCAACAAACAUCACCGAUAACAGCACUUCUGUACUGAAUCUAAACCCAGGAACUAACUACAGUGUCACAGUCAGAACAAAAGCUGCAGAAGGAAGUGAAUCUACCGUGGAAAAGGCAUUCAGUUACACAAUGCCCGAACCAGUGGCCAACCUCACAGUGGAGACUGUGACCAUGACCUCCAUCAUGUUGACGUGGUCCAGACAAAAUGAUUACAAGCCUUCCUACUCCUACCUGGUCAUAGCAAGACAGAAUGGCAGUGAGAUAAAGAAUGAUUCAACAAAGAAUGAGACCUACACCUUGUAUAAUCUGACCCCUGGAGAGCUGUACACAUUUUCUGUGUUCACAGUUAUAGCAGGGGUCAAAUCCACAGAGGAAAAUGCACAGAGUUACACAACUAUCACUAGUGUUGCUGUUGGUGUAUCGGUACCAGUUUUUCCCAUUCUCUUCAGUGUCCUCAUCGGCUUUAUUAUCUACUGAGAAAGGCCAGCCAAAAAAGAAUCACCAGACAUCCAGAUUCAAUCUUUAAGAGACAAGAUGUAAAUACGAAAUCUUCAAAUCAGAAAACAUGAGCAUAUCUUUCAAAUGUAAUGUGAUGCCACGGUGCUGGGUAUGUGACCCAGUGUUGUGAGUGGAUUCAUUUUUCUUUCCUUUGCAUUAAGAAGAGGAUUUAGGUUUAAGGUUUGAUUGGUUUAGUUCUUUUAGUGACUCUUAGUUUAUCUAUGUUUCUGGGCCAUGGUUUCUUGUUUGCUGUUGUUAGGUUCCUUUUGUGUAUUAGUUUCUGUCGCUCUCUUUUCUCUCGUGUUGUCCUCACCUAAGUCUCUGGAGUCGUGGAUUUGGGUCCUCUCUCUGCCUGCCACACAGCAUCAUGACAUGUUAGUGUUUUUCUGAACAAACCUUAUCACUAAUAUUUGGUUCAAGCAGAAAUGUGGCUGUGAGUGUUGAGGACUUUGAGGCUUAUUACACGAAGCAGAGAGCAGACUCCAAAUAUGGCUUUGCAGAGGAAUUUGAGGGAAAUCACAAAAACUGAAUAUUCAUUUUGCUAGAUUAAUUUUUAUGCCUUUCAGGCUUUUGAUAACAGUCAUUUAGCUUCCUGGAUUCAAACACUGAGGGUUUUUUUUGUUUUGUUUUAACAUUAAUGAAUGUUGACAGUGGACGAAACUGCACAUAGAGCUGCAAUAAUGGAUUAUCUGUCUUGGACACUUUUCUAUAAUUGCAUAUUUUUGUAUUGCUAAGAUGUUUUAUAAAUGCUUCUUAAUACUGUAUAUGUCUCACUGAUGAUUCGAUCUUUUUGCUCAGUGUUGGGAAGUUUAAGCUUCCCAUGACUUUGUGUUGCAUGUUACAUUACUUAUAUAAUCAAAAUAAAAUGUAUUUAUUAUUCAG